GGCUUGUUUUCUUUCUAUUCUACGCAAAGCAAGUGACAGGAGAAGCAUUUGGACGAACAAACCUCUUGAUCUUCCCAACUUGAUUGAGCUGAACCGCAAACCAAGGAGGUCAGGCUGCGCAGAUCCGUGAGGGCCGAUCUAUUUGUGCAUGGCUUAUCCUCUCGCCGCCUGUAAAUAGAUACCUUUUAUGUUACAAUUAUAUUUUAUUUCUAGUAGACGUGAUGGCAGGGAGUGAGAGUAGUACAGGUAAGGCCGAAACUGGGAUUGUUCUUGGAUUCUUGGAAGAAGCGGAGUCGUGGCAACUUCAGAGCGCUCAGUUCCCUAGUAAAGUUGGAGGAAAGCCGGCAUGGCUCAGUCAGCUGGACUUACCAAGCCCUAAACAAAUAGAAUGUGAGACAUGCCACCAGCCUUUAGCCUUUCUCUUGCAGGUUUACGCCCCGAUCGUGGGGCAAGACAGAAGUUUUCACAGAACACUGUUUGUAUUUUGCUGCAAAACGCCCACGUGCUAUUCCCACAACGACAGCCGUUGUUUUAAAGUGUUUAGGAGCCAGCUGCCAAGAAGAAAUGACUUCUACCCAUACGACCCUCCACCCGACGAAAGCACAGGGGAGAAUGAAAACGAUUCGGAUGUGUUACAGUCCGGAGUGAAACUUUGCCGGGUGUGCGGCUGCCUUGGUCCAAAGUCAUGCUCGAGGUGCCACAUCGCUAAUUACUGCAGUAAAGAACACCAGGUCAUAGACUGGAAAGCCGGACACAAAAGUGAAUGCAGCAGUAAUGGGGCGUCCAACCCAGCUGGCAGUGUGGGUCAAGGAUUCCUGUUUCCCGAGUAUGAACUCGUCACCGAACCGGAGGAGCUUCCAGAGAAAGAGCAGCCACGUGGAGCAGACGAAGCACAGACGAACCUGGAUUGCUCUUCCAGUGCAGCGGAUGUUCUGCAAGAGGAAGAACUGGAAGAAAUGGCUAUGCAUGAGACUGAGGAGAAUAAAGUGUUUCAGAAGUUUAAAGAGAGGACUGCACCAGAGCCUCAUCAGGUUUUGCGAUAUUGCAGACGUGGCCCUCCGCUUUGGGUUUCAGCCAAAGGCAUUCCAAACGCUGAAGUGAUCCCGUGCUGCCCAUGUGGGGCAAAACGCAUCUUUGAGUUUCAGGUCAUGCCUCAGCUGCUAAAUCACCUGAAAGUGGACAGCCCUCAGGCCAGCAUCGACUGGGGUACCCUGGCUGUGUACACAUGUGAGGACAGCUGUGAUCAAGGCCACAGAUACUCCCCAGAGUUCAUCUGGAAACAAGACUUCACAGGAGAGCAGCCCUCACUGUAACGUCUGGAACUGAUGUCAUUGUGACAACUCCAUUGGCAGCCAAUCAGACGCUUGACUGUAUACCUGUUUCUCUAAGGGAUAAAUUCUCUUUCCCAUUUUAUACAAAUGCAAUGCCAUGCAAUACAGGAAAAUUGGAACAAUAUAUUUGUCUGUCCAUAAUGUGCUUGUAGUAUCAAAAUAUACAGCCCUGUAUCUUCCAAAGACAUAACCAAGAACCAGGACAUGCCCUCUCACAGCGGUAAUUGUGGAAUGUAAA